CAGGUGGCAUGUGGGAGCCCGGGUAGCGGUCUGCGGAUGAGACAGUAAAGAAUUCCAAACACAGCAGAGCCAUGGAGACCAACUUGCAGAAGAGGAAGGAGAGCAGGAAAGCUCUGCGCAUAAAGGUGAUCAGCAUGGGUAAUGCUGAAGUGGGCAAGAGUUGCAUAAUAAAGCGUUACUGUGAGAAGAGAUUUGUCCCCAAAUACCAAGCAACUAUAGGAAUUGAUUAUGGAGUGACAAAAGUACAAAUCAGAGACAGAGAGAUCAAAGUUAAUAUAUUUGACAUGGCUGGGCAUCCCUUCUUUUAUGAGGUCCGCAACGAGUUUUACAAGGAUACACAGGGUGCACUACUGGUAUAUGACGUUGGCUUAAAGGAGUCAUUUGACGCUCUUGAUUCUUGGCUGGCAGAGAUGAAACAGGAGCUUGGAUCUCAUGGAAAUAUUGAGAAUAUUGUAUUUGCUGUUUGUGCAAACAAGAUUGACUGUUCAAUGCAUCGCCUAGUGGAUGAAAGUGAAGGGCGACUUUGGGCAGAAAGCAGAGGAUUUCUUUAUUUUGAAACGUCGGCACAGAGUGGGGAAGGAAUUAAUGAAAUGUUCCAGACGUUUUAUUCUGCCAUUGUGGAUUUAUGUGAAAAUGGUGGGAAGAGGCCUGUGUCUGCCAUAAACAUUGGAUUCACCAAAGAGCAAGCUGACACUAUACGCAGGAUACGCAAUAGCAAGGACAGCUGGGAUAUGCUAGGGGUCAAACCCGGUGCCACCAGGGAUGAGGUGAAUAAAGCCUACCGCAAAUUAGCUGUACUGCUUCAUCCGGACAAGUGUUUGGCACCAGGAAGUGAAGAUGCUUUUAAAGCGGUUGUGAAUGCUCGGACAGCUCUGUUAAAAAACAUUAAAUAAUACACAGGGUGGUAAUAAGCCAGGAGAUUGGACCUCAGAAAUCCAGAUCAUGUGAUUUAUUUAUUUUUGCAAACAUCAGUGAGGUUACACUAAAUACCUGUCACUAAAAUAGCUCAACUUAACAGGCAUAUCCAGUAUGUUAGCAAAGAGCAUUUGUUAUUGUUUCUCAGUUUACUGGAUGCAGAUAUUGUAACCUUGCUACUUCUUUUGGUGCAUGCACAAGAAUUGUUUUCAGGCUUCCUUCUUACCGUGUUAUGGUCAUUGUACCUAUGCA